AUGGAUAGCAUCAUUAACGAGAAGAAAAGAUUGCAUGAAACCUUGCUCUCCUUCCCUCCCUUCUACACGUACAGAAGAGAUCAAAUAGCCUCCAAGAACAUGAAGAGUCCAGAAAGAAACAGAUCGGAUAUUGGGGAGAACUUAUCCAUACCUAUUGCAGAGAUACCCGAACUCCAAGGAGAACCUGAAGAAGUCGCCAGAGAUAAGGUUCUGAUCGCCUACAAGCAAGCCCAAAAGCCAGUCCUUGUCGAGGAUACUUCCCUCUGCUACAAUGCCUACAAGGGACUCCCCGGACCAUACAUCAAAUGGUUCCUCAAGAGCAUCGGUCCCGAAGGACUAGCGAAGAUGGUGGAGCCAUUCGAGGAUAAGACCGCUUACGCCAUGUGCAUCAUCGCCUACAUGAGCGCUGAGCUGAAGGAGCCUAUUCUCUGUGGGAAGACUCCUGGCAGGAUUGUGGAGCCAAGAGGCAGCAGGGACUUCGGUUGGGAUCCAGUCUUCCAACCCGACGGAUAUGAGAAGACCUAUGCCGAACUUCCCAAGGAGAUCAAGAACACCAUUUCCCACAGGUUCAGAGCUAUCGAUUGA